AUGCCAAGACAGAACGGCAAGGUGGAGCGCCUGUGGCCAAGCUUAGAAAAGUUUUUGCCAGACGAGUUGGAUGAUAUUCAACAAAUCAAGGACUCAGUUCAGCAGUUCAUUGAAAAAUACAACAAUACACCACAUUUAUCUCUCGAUAUUAAUCCAAAAACGAAUAGUAAUUACACUCCUAACGAAUUAUUCGAAGUUUCAAAAUUUUGGUACGAGCCAGAAAUGCAAAAAUGGGAGUUAUAUAUCAAAGACGAAUGGGUCUUAGCAAAAUUUGAAUAA